AUGCCUCCUUCGAAGCCGCGAGUGAUCUACUGGUUCCGCACUGACUUGCGCCUCCACGAUUCACCUGCAUUGGCAGCUGCCUUAGAUCUAGAUCCAGAGGUGUUCUAUCCAAUCUGGACUUGGGAUCCGCAUUAUGUGUAUCGGGCGCGGGUUGGCGCAAAUCGAUGGCAGUUCUUGACGGAUUGUCAACGCGAUCUCUCCUCCUCCCUGACCAAGCUCAAUCCCAAACAAAAGCUGCAUCUCAUUCGUGAAGCUCCGCAAACAGUCUUUCCCAAACUCUUCAAAUUAUGGAGGAUCACACACCUCGUUUUCGAAAAAGAUACCGACGCAUACGCGCGCGAUCGCGACAGAGGAGUGAUGAAACUGGCAGAGGAUGCAGGGGUCGAGGUGAUCGUCAAGAUGGGGCGUACGCUUUAUGACCCAGAUGAGCUGGUGAAGCACAACGGAGGAAGACCUACAAUGAGCAUGGCCCAGACACAAAAGGCAGCAGCAGCAUUAGGAGACCCGGCGAAACCAAUACCUCCUCCAACAUGCCUCCCAGACCCAGGCGAUACGGACCUGUCUUCCAUAGACCACCAAAGGCCCGACCCAAAUCCCGACCUCAACGCCGCUCACCGUGACCUCUCCAAUAAGGAAAGCCAGUACACAUCCAUAAUGGGUCCCAACAAAGACUUCUCCAUCCCGACCCUGCAAGAAAUGGGCAUCUCUGGCGCCACCACCCCCAAUCGCGGCGGCGAAACCAUCGCCCUUCGUACCCUCGACACCAUAAUCUCCAAUUCCGACUACACAGGGCUCUUCGAAAAACCCAAAACCGCGCCCACAGCCUUCUCCCCCCAAUCCACCACCCUGCUCAGCCCACACCACCACUUUGGCAGCCUCAGCAUCCGCCUGUUCUACUGGCGCGUGCAAGAAAUCUACCAGAAGCGCAAACGGGCCAAAAAGCCCAACAGCUCCAUCCCGGAAAACCUGCACGGCCAGUUACUAUUCAGGGACAUGUAUUUCGGCGCCCAAGCCGCCAUCGGUGCGCCCUUCGCCCAGGAAGUCGGCAAUCCGAUCUGCAAAUUCGUGGACUGGCAUCUUCGGUCCAACCUCAACGAAAACAACCUCCUGGCAGGCGAUUACAUCGUCGACAAUUCGCAAGCAGAGUUAUAUUUCCGGCGCUGGAAGUUCGGCGUCACCGGCUUCCCCUGGAUCGACGCGCUGAUGCGGCAGCUGCGGUUGGAGGGCUGGAUCCACCAUCUCGGUCGCCAUGCCGUCGCCUGCUUCCUCACGCGCGGCGGAUGCUACGUCCACUGGGAGCGUGGCGCCGAGGUCUUUGAGGAGUGGCUGAUCGAUCAUGAAGUUGCCUGCAACAGCGGGAACUGGAUGUGGCUGAGCUGUACGGCUUUCUUUUCCCAGUUUUUUCGCGUCUACAGCCCGGUGGCGUUUCCGAAGAAAAGUGAUCCUGCCGGUGCGUUUGUGAGGCAUUUUGUCCCGGAGCUUAAGAACUUCGAUCAAAAAUAUAUCUAUGAGCCGUGGAGGGCGCCUAUUGCUGAUCAGAGGAAAUGGGGGUGUCUUGUCCAAGGGGAUGGGAGUGCAACGCAGACGCAUGAGAGGGAGGAUGGGUUGCAGGUCUAUCCGAAACCGAUGUUUGAUUUUGACGAGAGGAGGAAGUUCUGUAUCGAGAAGAUGAAGCUGGCUUAUCAUGUUGGCAUGCAGGGGGAUGAUCCGAGGGUGUUGGAUGGGUCCUGGAAGGAGGUUUUUGGGUAUAAGAUUGAGAGAAAGGGGGAGGUGAGGGAUGAGACGAACGGGGUGGUGUUGGCGGAUGGUAGGAACCAGGAGGAUGAUGAGGAUGGAUAUGGGGAUGAGGCCGGGGGGAGGAAGAAGAAGAAACGGGUCAAAAUCGCUGCCGAUCCGGGACGGGAAGGGGAUAAUGAUAGGGUAAAGAACGGCAAGCACGCAACUGCGGAAAACGACAAGAAGAAGACGCUGCCAAAGCCGCCUGCCAAAGGUGGAAAGGGCCCGAAAAGGGAACAGGCAACGCUGGAGAUGAUGGUUGGGACGGGUAGAAAGAAGACCAAGAGAUGA